GCCAUGGUGGAGAACCUCCAGGGAGACUCAGGCCGCGGGUACUACCUGGAGAUGCUGAUCGGGACCCCGCCGCAGGCGUUAAAUAUUCUGGUUGACACUGGGAGCAGCAAUUUUGCAGUAGCAGGUGUGCCUGAUCCUGAUGUCACAUCCUACUUCGAUCCUGAGCUGUCAAGCACAUACAGAUCUCAAGGGGUGGAGGUGACAGUGAAGUACAGCCAAGGCAGCUGGACUGGAAUGCUGGGCACAGAUGUCAUCACCAUGCCCAAAGGACUCUAUGGCAGCUACACCAUCAACAUUGCCACCAUCCUGGAGUCAGAGAACUUCUUCCUGCCAGGGGUUAAGUGGCACGGGAUCCUGGGCCUUGCCUACGAUGCCUUAGCCAAGCCUUCCAGUUCUGUGGAGACAUUCUUUGAUUCCCUCGUGAAGCAGGCAAAGAUCCCCAACAUUUUCUCCCUGCAGAUGUGUGGUGCUGGACUCCCUGUUUCUGGAAGUGGUACCAACGGAGGUAGUCUUGUGCUGGGUGGAAUUGAGCCCAGCCUGUACACGGGGGACAUCUGGUACACACCCAUCAAGGAGGAGUGGUACUACCAGGUGGAAAUCCUCAAGCUGGAGGUGGGGGGACAGAACCUCCAGCUGGACUGCAGAGAGUACAAUGCUGAUAAAGCCAUAGUAGACAGUGGAACCACUCUGCUUCGACUGCCAGAGAAAGUCUUCAGUGCUGUGGUGCAGGCAAUAGCUCGCACAUCCCUGAUACAAGAAUUCUCCUCGGAAUUCUGGACUGGCACACAGCUUGCAUGCUGGGAUAGAAGUGAAAAACCCUGGUCCUUAUUUCCCAAACUCUCCAUUUACCUGAGGGAUGAAAACUCCAGUAGGUCGUUUCGGAUCUCUAUCCUACCACAGCUUUACAUUCAGCCCAUCCUUGUGAUAGGAGAUAAUUUGCAGUGCUACAGAUUCGGCAUCUCCUCCUCCACAAACGCUCUGGUCAUUGGUGCUACAGUCAUGGAAGGAUUUUAUGUCAUCUUUGACAGAGCCCAGAGGAGAGUGGGCUUUGCAGUGAGUCCCUGUGCAGAAGUUGAUGGCGCACCCGUCUCCGAGAUCGAGGGCCCUUUCACCACGGCAGAUGUGGCCAGCAACUGCGUCUCCAGUGUCUCCUUCCACGAGCCCGUGCUCUGGAUCGCCUCCUACGCCCUGAUGAGCCUGUGUGGGGCCAUCCUGCUGGUGCUGAUCGUGCUGCUGCUCAUCCCACCCCGCUGCCAGCACCGCUACACCGACAACGACGUGGUCAACGACGAGUCCUCCCUCGUGCGCCACCGCUGGAAGUGAGGGGCUGGAUCCCAAAAACAAACUCAAAAACAGGACCAAGGACAAAGAGCUCUGCCAAGGGGGAGAAGCCAAUGCCUCCUCAGUCCCUCCUACGUUCCUAGAAAACGCUGUUGAGAUUCCCACCAAAUCCCCUGCAUCGUGACUUUUAUAGCUUUAUUUUCUAACACCGGUUCUGAACCAAAGCACUGUUAACCACCUCUGAAGUGCUACGGUACUGGAUUUGCUACUGCAGUACAAGGAGCCUUUAUGCUCUCUACAGUACCUUCUUUAAAAAAAAAAAAGGAAAAAAGUUAAAAAAAAAAAGAUAAAAAGCCACACCAUGAUGUUCUUCCACUGUCUGAACAAAAUUGUCCAUCUCUCUUACACAAAAAAAAAAGGAGCUGUCAGUAUUUUCUAACUAAUCGAGCCCUGACUGUAGAAAAAGAGAAAAAAAAUAAUAAUCUUUCUUAUUAAUUGCAUUAAAUGAAUACUGCUUUCUGUUUACAUCAGUUUAUUUUGAAACUGUGCUUAUGGUUUGGGGGAGGGAGAAAGGUCUGACUUAAGCAGCAGAGAAAAAGCAAGGGAGAUCCAGAAGAAAUAUUGUCUGUGGUUUCUUUCCCUCAAGAUCACUGCUGCCACUUGAGAGGGUCGCCCUCCCUGAGAGCUGUAACAAAAUAUAGUCCAAGGUGGUGAAAACUGGGAAACAAACUUGUUCAGCCUUAGAGUAAAACAAGACUACCUCUCUUAAUUUACAAGGAUGCUACCACUGGUGAGUGUGUGGAUUAGAACUGGUCUUGAAGCACAAAAGAUGCUCCAUACAACCAAAUGGAACUACUUGGCUUUGAAUUUUUUGGGAUUUUAUAAAAAUCAAUACUUCAUGACUUUCCACUUUGGUGCACCAAAAAAAAAAAAAAAAGAAACCUUUCAGUUUCCCCCUCUUGUGUGGGGUUUUUGUUGGUUUUUUUCUGAGUUUGAUAUUUAGAAAAGGCUGAUCUGCAUAUCUAUGGACAGACAAGACAGCAAGGUCUGUGUUCUGCUGUAUUUCUAGAGAGAGUGUAACAGAAAGAAAACAAAAUAAGAAUGACAACUUUUUUUGUUUGUUUUAAUUUGGCUGAGCUCAGCAACCUAGAAACUCAAAGGAGAAGCACCUGUCUUUAUGGACAGGCUGUGAAGUGAAAGUUUUAUGCUGGCUUGUUUUUCAGCUUGAGAUGUUCGGUUUGGCAUCAAUCAAAUGAAAAGUGUGUGUGUAUCCUGGCUGAAAACAAACACGUGGUGGGACUGGAAACAAUAGUGGGAGAGAACAGGGGAGGGUGUAUUGACCAGGCUUCCAUCCUGCAAGUGCAGAUCAUCAUGCUGAGGUAGGAAUGAGGUGUUUUCUUUGCAGAGAGGACAAUUUUUCUUUUCUCUAGUUUCAGGCUUCUCUGUAACACUGGCCUAAGUGUUUGCAUUGGAAAGAGUGCAAGGCUGAGGGGUUUUUUAUACAUUUAAAAAAAGGAAAAAAUACUCAUUUUCAUUUUGAUAGCAGAGCAGUUUGCAUAUCUGUAUGGGAAAUGGGGAAAUAAAAAAAAGCUUAGCUCUGAAUUUCUCAAUCCCUUUCCUAGACAAUUUUCUGCCCAAAAUCCCUUCAUAUAGCUCUGUUAUUCACACUGCCUCUGCAUCUGACUCUGCAUGGAAUAAGGAAAGAUUUUUAAUUUUUUUUUCAGGAAUGGUGCAUUUACAGAGGUGCACAUCAUGUGUGUGAAAAUAAAACACUGUGGGUUUUUUUUUUACCUUAUGUCUUUCAUGUCAUAACUGGAAGUGCCUGUGAUUUUCUUUUCAAUUCUUGCACUUUCAGAUUGCUUGGCUCAGUGGAGUAAAAUAAUUGAUGCUGUGAUCCAACGUCUGAAAAUGAUUUCUCGUGGAAUUUGAAGUUGGAAACAGGAAGGAAUUUUGAGCUUGUCUCCUUCUUCCUCUGCCUCUUCGUUUCUAAGAGGAGAAAAAUUGUGAAUUACAUGAAAUAAGCCAUAGAGCUUAACUGUUUUCUCAGUGUUCUAUUUUCCAUAUCUCUUUAUUAAUAUCUUUUAAUUAAGAGUUCCACGUCAUCCUCCUGGCUUUGGUUUUACACGUAACAAAUAACUUCAGAGUUGUAUUCCUCCUUUUUCUACAGUAUGGCAAUAGAAGUUAUGCUUCUGUCACUUGUUUCAAACAGAAACACCAUAUGGAUUUUGGAUGGAUAGUGUUAAACAAUAAACCUUCUUUCAAUUCAGAAAGUGAAAACAACUUGUAUGCUCUUAAAAAGUUUCAUCAUUGCUCCCUUCAUCUCAGAACCUCCUAUGUCCUCACCACAAAGAAUUUUAGGAAGGAAUUUAUUGGGAAAGGUUCUGAAUAGGCUUUUUAAAGAGAUUUCUUCUGAGCUGGUGAACAAAUUUUUGUUGAAAAUCCCACCAAAUACCCUGCAUCGUGACUUUUUGGAUUUCGUAUAAAAGAUUUAAGUAUUACCCUUUCCCUUUGAAUGUCCUUGGUCAAGAUAUUUUAAGGGAAACACUUGAAUUAAGAGGAGCAAUAACCAAGUAGAAAUACUGAUAUAUUCUUGAGUUUUCCUGGCAUUCCUUCACACUAAAAACGUGGCUUGUAGUAAAAAUGCUGUGAGUGACACCUGCGAGCAGCACACACUUCAUCUGGGCUUGUAAAUUGAUAGUUACAGUGGCAGAAAUUCAGGUGAGCAUUGCUUUGUUGCUCUGGCAACAAGGAGAGCAAUGGAAACCCUUGAGGGUUCAUUUUUAGCCUACAACACAUUAAGAAAAAUAAUGCUCUUGAGCAGUUUUGUGUGGAAGAUGAAACACAGUGAUAGACUACACUAUAACGAAGUGUAGUCACUUGGUAACUCACAGUGAUCUCUUUCCCUGAUAUAUUUCAAAAAAAUAUAUAUGUUGUGAGGUAUAUUAUGUUCCUGUUAACUUCAGGUAUAAGAAUAAACCACACCUUAAGAAGAAAAAAAAAAAAAAAAAAAGGGAGGGAAGGGGAAUGAAAAAAAGAGUAUUGAAUAAAGAUGGUACAGAAAAAUAUCCGUUAUUAUGAAAGACAGGAUGCUCCAAAUCACAGCUCUCCAAACCAUCCCUUGUAAGAAAUGUCAAUAUUUCUUGCUGACCCAUCUCUCCCCUGAUGGGAAUGUAACACCACGUCCUAGGAAAGUGUCAGGAAGCUGCAUUGCCCUGGCUGCAGCCUUGCAGAUAAUUUAAAACCAUUGGUGCCAUCACCAGGGAUUGGAGGGGGUGUGGUUGGAGUUCCAGUGGUUAAACCCAGCCCAACCCUGGGAAUAGGUUAAUUCUAUCCCACUGCCUUUUAGAAAUAUUGUCAUGGGUAUUUUGGAGCAAUUUAAAUGCUAAGGGAAACAGAUGAAGCAUUUUAAUGAGGCUUUUGUUCAGGCGCUGUAAAAGCAGUUAGGUGGAGGGGAUUGUUCUGUUUUUAAGGUGAAGGAUUGUGUUUAGGAUGUGCAUGUUGGGUCAUCCUAAAUGUAAUGGAUCAAGGGGUUUUGGUAUCUCCUGUUGUCAACAGCUAUAAAAUUCAUCAGCAAAAAUCACCCUGAUCCAGUUCCUUGCUGUGUAUUGGCUGCCUUUGUCUUACUGAGGGAUGAGCCAUUUGUCUACCAGGCUUUUCCUUUUAAAUAUUAAAAGGCUUGUGAGAGUUGCAUAGCUCUGCACAUUGCCAAGGAGAGAAAGAGAGAUCCUUAAAUUUUCCAAUAUUAAAACAUGAUUGUGCUGCUGAAAGUUUUUUUGAUUUCCAUAGGGGUUUCCAACAACUGGGCUGGUGUUGGUUGUCAUGUCCUCAUCCCAGACACAAACAGAAAUAGCAAUAUCAGUGAUGUAAUGAAAGGUGUUGGUACAGGGCCCUAUGGAGGUGCAAUUAAAAGGAAUUGCAGAAAGAAAAAUAAAUAGGAUGCCUUUAGCUUUAUUAAAAAUUGCAAGAGCAUAACAGAUUGAUCCUUUUCAGAGAAGGCUGUACUUUUUACCAAUACAUUAGUUCCUGUCAAACUUGACUCUCUGACUGAUAAAUUGUUCAUUUCUGGCUACUGUUGAGAGAAGUGAAAACAGGUUGGUAACAGGAUAGGGGCAAUCUUCUGAACCAGUUAGAUUUGCUGGCUUUUGAGGCUUCAUUAGGUGCUAAUCCAGGCUUGGCAGUAAUGCAGCAUCCUGGUUAUGGGAAUUAUUCUCUCUCUUUGGGAAUGCUAGCAGAAAUACUUGCCUUCAGCCAAACUCUGGGUGAGGUGGAUCCAAACCACAAAAGCCGCAGAGAGACAGCAGCUGCUGUAGGUGCAGCAUCCCACAGCCCCCAUUUCCUUUGGCAAGGCUCCACCUGCCUGAAUAUUUUGGAAACCAGCACUCCAAGGUGCCUUUUGGUGCUCCUGGGAGUUAUCCCCUCCCAGGUGAGCACAGGACACAACCAUCUUUGGGCAGGAUCAUUGCCCAGCUGCUGAAUAUUCCCCUCUCCAUGUAACUCAGUGCUGUUUCUCACCCCAGUAGUGACAUCUGGAAACAGCAGGACAGGAAAUCAUAAAACAUGCUGAUAUCAAUGACUGUGUAGGGGUAAUAGAAGAAUGGUUUGUAUCUGCCUGGAUCUUUGUGGUCAAAUAGUCUUUGAAAUACUGGGAUGUUUUAGAUUGGACCAUGAAGGCACACACAGAAUUUCUUUUGAGCUGGCCAAAAAGUAAAACACAAAAGGUAAGUUUUAGAAUUUAAAAAGAAGUAGCCCUUAAUAAGUGUUCUCUUCCUUUUUCUUUUUUUUUUUCUUUUUUU